GCGCCCGUGACAAAUAUGGCUGCGGCAGCCUUGGGCGCGGGCACCUGCCGGGGCGCGGUCCCGGGAGCCGCGCGGAGCCAAUCGCCGGCAGGGGGCGGGGGGAGAGGCUGGGGAAGCUGCCGGCCGGGCGCGCGCAGGCGCACUGACUCGCACCUGGCUCCAGGCAGCCGCAGGAUUAGGCUUCGCCUGCCGCGAUAUUGGGACAAGGAUGGCCAGACUGCUCUUGAAGGAUGUGAGCGCUCCUCGGUGUUGCUGGGGCUGACGCCAAGCUGGCAGCCAUGGGGCUGGGCAGGCUCCAGGCCUGGAUGCUGGGCCUUCCUACUGCUGUGGUCUAUGGCUCCCUGGCCCUCUUCAUCUCUAUCCUGCACAAUGUGUUCCUGCUUUACUAUGUGGACACCUUUGUCUCAGUGUACAAGAUCAACAAAGCUGCCUUCUGGGUUGGAGAGGUCGGGCACUGGGCUCUCCUCAAGGGCCGUGGUGCUGGCACGGGUGCGGGCCCUGGGCUGGCAUGGGCCGCUGCUGGCACUCUCAUUCCUGGCAUUCUGGGUGCCCUGGGCCCCAGCUGGCCUGCAGUUCUUGCUGUGCCUAUGCCUCUAUGAUGGCUUCCUGACACUCGUGGACCUGCAUCAUCAUGCCUUGCUGGCUGACCUGGCCCUCUCUGCGCACGACCGUACCCACCUCAACUUCUACUGCUCCCUCUUCAGUGCAGCUGGCUCCCUCUCUGUCUUUGCCUCCUAUGCCUUCUGGAACAAGGAAGAUUUCUCUUCCUUCCGCGCCUUCUGCGUGGCACUGGCCACUGGCUCUGGGCUCGGCUUUGUGGGGGCCACACAGCUGCUUAGGCGGCAGGUUGAGGCAGCUGGCAGGCAGCCAGAGUGCCCAGCCCUGGCUGCGGAUGGCGGCCUGUGCGGAGAGGAGCUGCUCACAGGCUGCCAGGAUGCAGGCAGCAUCACUCUGGGCCAGUACCUCCAGCAGCUGGCACGUCACCGGAACUUCCUAUGGUUCGUGGGCAUGGACCUGGUGCAGGUCUUUCACUGCCACUUCAACAGCAACUUCUUCCCCCUCUUCCUGGAGCAUCUGUUGUCAGACCACAUCUCCCUCUCCACGGGCUCCUUCCUGUUGGGCAUCUCCUAUGUGGCCCCCCACCUCAACAACCUCUACUUCCUGCCCUUGUGCCGGCGCUGGGGCGUCUACGCCGUGGUGCGGGGGCUCUUCCUGCUCAAGCUGGGCCUGAGCCUGCUCAUGCUGUUGGCUGGCCCCGACCGCCCCGGCCUCCUCUGCCUCUUCAUUGCCAGGUAUGCCUGCGCUGCCCUCCCUCACCCCCUCCACCUCCGCUCCACCUGGUCAUCCUUGCCUCCCCCUUUCUUCGUUGGCAGCAACCGCGUCUUCACGGAGGGCACCUGUAAGCUGCUGACCCUGGUGGUCACUGACCUGGUGGAUGAGGACCUGGUCCUGAACCGCCGCAAGCAGGCGGCCUCAGCUCUUCUCUUUGGCAUGGUGGCCCUGGUGACCAAGCCGGGCCAGACCUUUGCCCCACUGCUGGGCACCUGGCUGCUGUGCUUCUACACAGGUCAUGAUCUCUUCCAGCAGCCCCCACUGACCCCUGUGGGGAGUGCCCAGCCCUGGCCAGAGCCCCCGGCCCCGGCCCCAGCCCAGGCCCCCACACUCCGCCAGGGCUGCUUCUACCUGCUGGUGCUGGUGCCCAUCACCUGUGCCCUGCUGCAGCUGUUCACUUGGUCCCAGUUCACACUGCACGGGAGACGCCUGCACAUGGUCAAAGCCCAGCGCCAGAACCUAUCACGGGCCCAGACCCUGGAUGUUAAGAUGGUGUGAGAUGCAGGCACAGCAAGGCCACCCUGCUGAGGACGCUGUCACAGGCCUGGGCAGGAGCCACUUUUGCCAGGACCUCGUCCUGCUCCUCUGCCUCCCUGGGCCACAGCCUGGAGGACAGAUGGCAGAAUGGGAGCCUUUGAGGCUGAGCCAGGAGCAUCACUGAGGUCUAAGUUCUGGCUUGGCUGUCUGACCCAGCUUGGACAAGAGCUGGGCUGUAUGUGCUCAGGGACCUGCUUCCCUGCCGUGGGGCAGGAGGAAGAGGAGGACCAAGAAGGGAAGGGGCUGUCUGCGAUCACAUGGGUUUGCUGUAGGGCAUGGAGGCCUGUCCAACCACCUGGCUGGGGCUGGUGCUGUGUAGGCUCCGAAGCCACUUUCACCACUCAGGGGACGCUGUGAGUCCCACCGCCCCCUCCCUCUACCUUUCCAGUGGUUUCUCUGACCUCUCCUCUUCAGUUGUGCCUGAAGUAUUGUGCCCCAGCUGCUGCAGGGCUUCCCCACUCCUAUCUGACCUCUCAAAGAGGUUCAUGUCAUCGCAGACUGAUUAAAGUCAGUCAUUUCUGUUCCUGA